AUGCGGUUGCAUUUGGCAAUCGUUGUUGCUGUGCUGCUGAUGGUGUCACAGAUAAGCUCGAAUAACAUCAUCCUGCAUCACUUAUCACUUUUCAUAGAGCAGCACUGGUAUAAUAAUAUAUCACAGAUAUAUCGAUUAAAUGAUUGCAAAUAUUCAAAAGUAAAAGUGGAAGCUUCCAAGAAGAUCUUUAUCAUUGUUAGCAGGACGAAUUGGUGCAAUGAAGUUAUCAAAAUGAUAUUUGGCGCAAGUGCGAAAGCAAUGAGGAAGAGCUCAAGUGUGAUUGCAUGGGCUACACCAUACAAUUACAGCAGAUCGAUAGAUCAACCUAACAGGUGCCAUGAUGAUGCAUACUUUGAUAACGCUACCAGAACUGCCUAUGGAUUAGCUAAAGUGGAUUUGUUUUGCCGUAGAAGACGAUUAAAUUUUUUGCCACGGAUUUGGAAACGAUCUUUUCAGGAAAAUAAUCAGAAGAAGCAUGAGCAUCAACCAUUCAGAGUUGGUAUUCAUGAAAGCAACGAAAGUCUUAUCACAAUUACAAUGGGCGUGUUGUUGUACGCCAUUUUGGGAGUGUGCUUUUUGGCCGGCAACUUGGCAUACCUGUUCGGAAUAUUCAUUGUUUAUGACUCAUCAGUUGUUGAAGAAGACAAAAAAGGAUCGUCAAGCGACGAGUCACAAUAG